GAUGUCAAAGUGUUCACACCUGUGAAGCUGGUUUAUGUGGUUUUGUGAGCUUUUCAAUCCAAGAAAAAGUGGAAGAUGGAGAUGGGUUUUUCGUUGAUGGUUUUCACAGCUUUGAUAUCGGGUGGGUUUGUUGCAAUGUUUUGGUUGCUAAGGAGUGCAAAUGAGUGGUAUUAUGUCUCUAAGUUGGGUGGAAAUGGAAAGCAGUGCUCUCAUCAUCUCCCUCCUGGUGAUAUGGGCUGGCCUUUUAUUGGGAAUAUGUGGGAUUUUCUCUUUGCUUUCAAACAUGGUGACCCUGAUUCAUUCAUCGCCAACCUUGUUACCAGAUUUGGUGACACAGGAGUGUACAAGGCCUAUAUGUAUGGAAACCCAAGCAUAAUUGUGACGAAGCCUGAGACAUGUAGACGAGUGUUGAUGGACGAUGCAAGAUUCAAACAAGGUUGGCCUAAAUCGACAUGUACAUUAAUGGGGAGGAAAUCAUUUAUGGGUCUUUCUGAUGAAGAGCACAAGCGUCUCCGCCGGGUGACGGCAGCACCGAUCAACGGCCACAAGGCACUAUCUAUGUACCAGGAGUACAUCACAGACGUUGUGGUAAAUUCGCUAGAUGAAUGGGCGACGGCGGAGAGACCAAUCGAGUUCUUGACAGAGAUAAGGAAGAUCACCUUCAAAAUUAUUAUGCACAUCUUUUUGGGCAGUGAGGUUGAUCCAGUACUGAUGAAGGCCUUGGAGGAGGAGUAUGCUAAUCUAAAUCAGGGAUUAAGAUCCAUGGCCAUUGACCUCCCUGGCUUUGCUUACCAUAAGGCACUCAAGGCUCGACAAAAGUUGGUAAAGAUCUUACAAGGUGUAGUAGAUGGAAGAAGGGCAAGGAAAAGAAAUCCUUCAGAGACCCAGAAGCACAAGGAUAUGAUGGAGUUAUUGAUGGAAGUUGAAUAUGAUCAGAAUGGCGAAAAGUUGGACGAUGAGGAGAUCAUAGACUUAAUCCUCCUGUACUUGAAUGCUGGCCAUGAAUCAUCAGCCCAUGCCUCCAUGUGGGCAACCCUCUUUUUACAUCAGCAUCCAGAAUGUCUCCAUAAAGCCAAGAGAGAACAAGAGGAGAUUAUGAGACGAAGACCAUCAUCAGAGAAAAGAUUGAGCUUCAAAGAAAUCAAACAAAUGGAAUAUCUUUCCAAGGUAAUUGAUGAAACGCUGCGAGCAGUUAAUAUUUCAUUGUUUACUUGUCGGGAGGCAAAAACUGAUGUUAGCAUCGGUGGUCAUACAAUUCCCCAAGGAUGGAAAGUGUUAGUCUGGUUAAGGGGUGUUCACAUGGAUCCAGAAUAUUACCCGAACCCGAAAAAAUUUAAUCCUUCAAGAUGGGAUGAAAAUAAACCCAAAGCAGGAAGCUUCAUUCCCUUUGGAGCAGGAAGUAGGCUAUGCCCCGGAAGUGAUCUCGCCAAGCUUGAAAUUUCUAUUUUUCUUCAUUAUUUUCUUCUUGAUUACGAGCUUGAACAACUCAAUCCGGGAAGUGCAGUGAGAUACUUACCUCAUACAAGGCCCAUGGACAAUUGCGUGGCCAAAAUCAAGAAGCUCUCAUCAUCAUUUACUCAUAAUUAAAACAAAUUAAGUCUAGCUAGCUGUUCUUGAUUCAGCCUAUAUGCAGAUUUCAAUCUACUUUUAUUCUAAGCACUAAAAAAAGCAUGCAAUUUGUAGAAGAUUGCCUGUUUUUCUACAUCUUAAUUGUGUUUUCCUUCAUGGUAUAUACUAGCAUGUUUUGUCAAUAAGAGAACCCCUUUUU